AACGCCCCCCUCGGCCCUGACCAGGAAGUGAAUCUGGGGGAAAUAGAAAAACGGUCCUUAGAAUGACAUAGAAGCGGGUGAGGUGGGGUAGACCGAGACACCGGGACUAACGCAGGACUUGACACCAAUUUGGAUUCAUCCAGGUGCAAAACGACGUAAUCGCUGAAAGGCAUAAAGCACCGGAGAAAAUGCUCAUUAAAGAAUUUCGAGUGAUCCUACCGAUUUCUGUGGAGGAGUAUCAGGUCGGGCAGCUGUACUCCGUAGCGGAGGCCAGUAAGAACGAGACAGGUGGAGGAGAGGGUGUGGAGGUGUUGAAGAACGAACCCUACGAGAAAGAUGGCGAGAAGGGACAAUACACACACAAAAUCUACCACCUGCAGAGUAAAGUCCCAUCGUUUGUAAGAAUGCUUGCACCAGCAUCAGCGCUGAACAUUCAUGAGAAAGCUUGGAACGCCUACCCAUACUGUCGCACAGUAAUCACUAAUGAGUAUAUGAAAGAAAACUUCCUUAUCAAGAUCGAGACGUGGCACAAACCUGACAUGGGACAGCAGGAUAAUGUUCACGGUUUAGACCCAGACACCUGGAAGAAGGUAGAUGUGGUGUACAUAGACAUCGCAGACCGGGGUCAGGUGGAGCCAAAGGACUAUAAACCAGAAGAAGACCCCACUAAGUUUAAGUCUGUAAAAACUGGAAGAGGGCCGCUUGGUCCGGAUUGGAAGAAAGAACUACCUAAAAAGACAGACUGCCCACACAUGUGUGCCUACAAACUGGUUACUGUCAAGUUCAAGUGGUGGGGCCUGCAAAACAAAGUGGAAAACUUUAUUCAAAAGCAAGAGAAGCGCUUGUUCACUAAUUUCCACCGGCAGCUGUUCUGUUGGAUUGAUAAAUGGAUCGAGCUGAACAUGGAUGACAUCCGCAGAAUGGAGGAAGAAACCAGGAGGCAACUGGAUGAGAUGAGAGUGAAGGAUCCAGUGAAAGGAAUGGUGGCUCUUGAAGACUGAGGCUGCUCUGUGUUUCUGGUUGCUGCUGUUCAUAAUGUUUAGGUUGGAGACCAGCAGCAUCUCUUCCCUCAAUCAAAUCAAAGAAACAUGUCUUUUUAAUUGUGAUCAGUCCUUCAUCCAGCCCUAUUCGUGGCCGUUUGUCCUGAGUAUCCUCCAUUUCCUCCUUUCAGUCUGACAAUGGAGCACAUUGACUAGUUAAAUAAGCUAUUACUUGUCUGGUUCAAAAGUCAUGCCCAGUCUAUGAAGUCUACCUACUUUAUACGGGACGAUCAGCAGUUCGUCAUUUAUGAUGUCAAACCAUUAUAUUUAAAUCUGGAGCUCAAAAAAGAAUUGUGUUUAAUGUUAAGCAGAUGACAUUUGUAUAUAUAUAUAUAUAUAUAUAUAUAUUCAGAAUAUCUAUUGGCAGUGGAGUAUUGUGACAGGUGUACAAACAGGGUUUAAGUGAUUUUAUUUUUUUCCUGCGGACCAAGACGUUUUUUUUUUCUGUUUUGUUUUAAUCAAGUAGUGAGUUGUUUUUGUUGCUCUGUUUUCAUUUUAUUCUACUCACUUUUACAUUUAUUUAGCAGCUGAUCCAAGCUGCAAGUGUGUCUCUUUAUAGUAUAGCCUGCUGUAGUGCACAUUCACAGUCCCUUCACCCUGACCCUUAUUUGUAACAUGCAUUGUGGAUUCGUCUUGACUGACAGCUGCUUGGUCACGUUAAAUACAGUUCAUAUGUUAACGCAAAGUUUAUUGAAAUCAGCUCAGCAUUGCUACAUCAAACAGUAUAACAUUCUUGAAAUAAGAAGUUAAAAGUAUUGUUGUUGUCCUCUCUUCUCAUGCACAAUUGCCUUGUGUGUGACAAUGUGCUAUUUUGCUUGGAAUUUUAUUCAUUUAUUUUAUUAAUUAAUUUAUUUUAACAAAAGAACAGGUGUACAGUAGGCGCAGCUCGCCCUCGCUCAUCUGUUUUUGAUUGGUUUACAACAUCAGGUUCCGCCCUCUUUAGUCAGUGUCUCAACCGUAUUGAAAAGAGAGGUACCGCUAAACCUUGACAUUUUUCAUAAAAGGUUUAUUUAUUGAAACCUUCUUAAUGCUAUUAUAGAAAACGUUACUUGUCCUGACUAUUCUGUCACUAUACCAGAAGUGGUGCUCAAGGAGGAUAUUCAUAAAUGUAUUAUUUAUAAUUGUCUCACCUUUAUUUUUUAUUGAAGGAUUGAUUUUCUUACUUCCCCUUUUAUAACUUAUGAUGAGGAUAAAGGUGCUUUUAUCCAGAUAUUAGCAAUAAUACCUCCUUUCACAAAACCUUCCAAUCAACACAUAGCCUACAUGAUGUGAGAUAGUGACUUUAGGAGUGUAGUCCACCCCCUCAGAAUGUCGCGUCCUAGGACUUUAAUGCAAAUAUACUCUCACUUCCAUUUGCUCCUAGUUUUAUCGAUAUGGAAUCGGCUAAGGAAGUUGAAAUGGGUUGCGUAUAGGUUUUUAAAUCAGUCUUUUCUUAGUAACGUAAUGUGUGUAUGGAUGUAUGUGCGUUUGAAGUUCUCAGUGUUUCUUGUUUUCGCGUGAGGGACAUCCAACAUGUAACUAAAACAAAAGGUUUACAUCCUUGUGUUUCUUUCAGCCAAUGCUCAGGACCCAUGAUGUAAGAUCGUCACACCUAAAUUCACUUUGACAAAAUUCAGUUACAACCAUUGAAUUAUGUCGAAUUCUUAGGAAGUGAAAGCAGGUAAACAUUUAGGCUACCAUCAUAAUAUAACCACCGAUACACCAGAACUGUGUUGGUCCUGAGUCUAAUCAAAGUGAUGUAUGGAUUUAUGUAUUGAAUUGUAUAUAGUAUAUAAAUAAAUGUAGAUGAACACAUAACAUAUAUAAAUAUAUAAAUAUAUAACUAUAAAUAUAGUUCAGACUAUCCUGCCACCAGGCUACAGCCUUCCAUCAACUCAACCAGAGCUAGCAGUUUAGUAAUGGCUGGAUAUUAUCUGGGUGAAGUUACUGUGUUCUCUUUUUUUAAGAUAAAUUUGAACAAAUUGUUGCAUUUUAUGCUGGUGUAGGGAAUUAUAAACUAGAUUAUAAGUGAUUUGAACAGUUUAUAACAGAAUCUUCAGAUAACCCCGCCCAUCACUGUCGCUGGCUCCGCCCCUCGCCGCUACUCUUUGGCAGGAUGGUGUCUAAAUAUGUUUUCAUUCAUUGAUUGUUGUUGUAUUUUUGCUGUGAGCUGUAGAAAUCUCCCACUUUCAAAUUGCUUUCAAAGCUUACACUGUGAACGAAGCCAUGUUUAUGAACUGUGUGCUUGAGAAAAAGCCCUUUUUGGGGGGUUUUGGUUGCCAUUCUUCUCUCAAGAGACUCGAUUGAAACUUGAUCAGUCCAAGUUGGUCUUUGACUGCAAGUACAGUUCAUAUGUUAACGCAAAACAAAUGGUUUUGGCUUAUAAAAAGAACUAUCCACAUUGAACAGUUGUUACGUGAGGCAGAUUGUGAUAAACUGGACUUUCUCAUAGAUAUGUUAUUGUUAGAUUUCACAAUUUGUUGUCGAAAUUAAACCCAAUGAUUCUAGAAAUACAAAAAUAUAUAUAUGAAUCUGUUUUCUUUCACCUCACCUUGUCAUGUUAUUUGUUUUUAUUUAUUUAUUUUACUGUGAAUUUGUGCCUUUUGUCAUCUUAUCUUCCAAUAAAACUACAUUGGAGAUGUGAAAAAAAAUAAAUAAACUUUUAAAUAGUAGUGUUUCACUUUUACAUGUUUUUCAGUUUUAAGAAUAUAUUAUAGGCUAAUGUUGUUUUUUUUUUUUUUCUGCUGCUACCCUAGUGCACGUUGCUGACAUGAGUUUGAGUCUGGCUUGCAACAUUUUCUAACAUUUCCCCCUUCAUUUAUUGUCCUCAUGCAAAUAAAACCAAUUUCUUCAUAAU